GUCAAUCGCCGAGACCGGCCGGCUCUCGACCAUUACCAUUUUCCGCUAGUCGCCGCGUUUUUCUGCAAACGGAAAGGGCGCACGACUAAACCCAACUGUCUCCUACUACGUUUCCAUAGAGCGGAAUCGCUGGAUUGCCGAAUUUGAAAACAGGAGUGAGAACGAUGGAAUGAAUGAGCGAGUGACGACGGCAAUCCUCAAUUUACAAGGUUAAUGGUUGUUCCACCAGGCGCCGAGUGCACACCUUGCCACCACAACCCGGUCACCGUACUCGUAUUUCGUGGUAUAAGUACGACCGGACUGACAUGCUCGACCGUUAGUUGUUGCUUGAUCGUCGAUCAUUCCUUGACGAUCGGGACGAACAUCUACGUGGCUUGUACACGAACCUAACAUACCGAUUUUUUUGACAUCUUCGCCACUAAACCGGACGCCACUAAAGCUCCUUUUCGUCUUCAGUCGUCAUACCACUUGAAUUUGUCAUGGGUAAAGUCGUGACGUGCGUGGCACCCGUCAACAUAGCCACUAUAAAAUACUGGGGCAAAAGAGACGAACAUUUGAUAUUGCCUCUAAACGAUUCAGUCAGUCUGACAUUAGACUGCGAUCAAAUGCACGCUAAAACUUCUGUUAUUGCAGGGCCGUUGAUAGAUGAAGACAGUGUUUGGUUAAAUGGACAAAUUAUGUCCAUUGAAACAAACGAACGUCUGAAAAAGUGCUUUCAAUUAAUAAGAAAUUUAAUCAAAACUCGAAAAGGUGAAGAUAGUCAAGAAGCAAAAUGGAAUAUAAGGGUUUGUUCAGAAAAUAAUUUCCCUACUGCAGCAGGACUAGCAUCAUCAGCAGCUGGUUAUGCAUGUCUUGUAUUCACAUUAGCUAACUUUUUUGGCUUGGUUGAUGAAGAUCUACCAUCUAUAGCUAGACAAGGUAGUGGAAGUGCUUGUAGAAGUAUUUAUGGAGGAUUUGUUCAUUGGAAGGCUGGUAUUGAUGAUCUGGGUUCAGAUUCUACUGCAGUUCAAAUUGCUGCGGAUACACAUUGGCCAGAGAUGAGAAUUAUCAUACUUGUGGUGAAUGAUUCUCAAAAAAAAACUAGUAGUACUGUGGGAAUGAAACAAGCAGUUCAGACAAGUGAAUUACUUAAAUAUAGAGUUCAAAAGUGUGUACCUGAAAGAACAAAAGAAAUCAUUCAAGCCAUAACAGAUAAAAAUUUUGAAAAAUUUGCUGAAAUUACAAUGCGAGAUAGCAAUCAAUUUCAUGCAGUUUGUUUAGAUACAUAUCCUCCUUGUGUUUAUUUAAAUCAAGUAUCACAUGAUAUAAUAUCUUUUGUUCAUGAUUAUAAUGAAGCUGUUGGCCAAAUUAAAGUUUCUUACACAUUUGAUGCUGGUCCAAAUGCAUUUUUAUUCAUUCAGCAAAAUGAUUUGAAUUUGUUUAUGUCGGAAUUGGUUAAUGUUUUCCCAUCAGAACAACCUAAUUCUUCAUAUUUACGUGGAAUCAUGUCAACACUACCUUAUAAUGUAAGACCUUAUGGGUUUAAACCCAAAGAUAAAAAUCUUCUGAAGUAUAUCAUGGUCACUAAAUUAGGUAGCGGUCCAAGAUGUGUUAAUGACCAUUUAUUAAAUGAAGAUGGUACUCUUAAAUCAAGCAAUUAAAUUUUAAAUUGAUGAGGUCAAUUUUUAGUUAUUUUAAUUUAUUGUUAUAAACCUAUUUAUAAAAUAUUU